AUGGCAUUAGAAAUGGUAACAAAGUGGGCAAUACCAAACAGAACUAUCUGGAAAUAUUUAUUUCCAAUUCAAAGGCAAACUUUAUAUUGUGCUUCUCAUAAAUCUACAUAUUUUUAUCCUCCAGGUGACUAUAAUUGCAAAGUAGACCUUUCCCACAGACUCUGGGAUCAGAAGGCUUACAAGCCUGAUGGAUGUGCUCAAAGAGAUAAUGAAACCAUGAACAUUAACUCAUGGGUGAGAGGCAAAGGAGAUUUUGAAGAUAUGCAGUUAUGUUACCUCCCUUCUGUGGACCUUCCAUAUAAAUACAAAACCUAUCCCUUGGCAGAUCUUGUGCAUAAUGAUGAAGAAACACACAAUUAAGUGUUGCAAACCAAUUUAGAAAAAAAAGAAAAAAAUGAACACAUUGAGCAGAGACUCAUGACAGAACAACUUAGCAAAAUGUUCUUUAUUACUAGGCAAUGUUGGAAUCCUCAUGGACAGUAUUAUAGACAUCAUAGGAACCUGAAUUCUCCAAAUGACAGAUGA